GAACAAGACUUGUUCGUCGAGCUAUCGAACGAAUGGAAGCCCAAGGAUGCGAUGAGGUUGUGUUGGAGACAGAGGUCACGAAUGUCAAUGCUCAACGGCUUUACAGUAAUCUAGGAUUCAUUCGGGAAAAGCGUCUUGUGAGGUAUGCUUAUUCAAUAGUUUUAUUAGUGAAAGUUCUUUGUGAGCACAUUCGUUUGCAGAUAUUACUUGAAUGGUGGCGACGCUUUUCGCUUGAAAUUAUAUUUCUCGUCGCCUAUGGCUGUCGCAAGGAAAGCAUCUUACGUGUAGACUUGGUCUCCGCACAAUCACAGACGGCUGUGUUAACAGAGCGUUGUAUAUAUUAUCUUGCUCAGUCGUAACA